GUUGUUUCUUAUAAAGAUCAACUAGAAGAAAAAUUAAAGAUGUAUUCAAACGAAAUUGAAUCAUUAAAAACCAUAAAUAGUGAACUAUCUGAAAAAAUUAACACUCAAGCGAAAUCAAUUGAAGAAUUAAACGAAUCCAAACUGAAAUUAAACGAAGAAUUUUUAACUCAACAAGCUACUUUAACGGCUCUUCAAAACGACAGAAGAAGACAUUUAGCAGAAAAAAACUUUUUAAGAAGUAUUUAUGAUAAAAUCGAGCAGAACGCUUCAAACACGGAAUGUUUGAAAGGUUCUCUAUGUGAAGUCACUAAAGAAGCCGAUAGAUUAGCCAUUAUAGCUGAAUUUAAUAAACAACUUGGUGAGAGAUAUCAAACUGAAAUUGCAGAAAAAGAUGAAUUAAUUUCCGAAUUAAAAGCGACAAUAAAGCGAUUGAACAAUUUUCAAGAAGAUAACGUUAAAGAAAAAGUUGCUUUGUGCGAAGAACUUACUGAAAUGUGCUCGAUUAAAGAUAAUCUUGCUAAUAAAUUAGAAAUGGAAGUGAAAAAAAGUUUUUUUAUAACAGAAUCGGCCAAAGAAAACGAAUGUAGUGUUAAUGAAGAG